CGACACUCCCACAGUCUUUUAUAUCACAAUGCGCUCUUUCAUCACCCUCGCAAUCCUCUACGCCGGCUUCGCCGCCGCCCUCCCCGUCCCCCAGCUCGGCCAAGUCACCGACGCCCUCUCCGGCGCCGAGCAAGAAGUUGACGGACUCGUUUCUGGUCUCGGCCUUGGCCUCCGCCAGCUCGACGGUCUCGAGAAGGAAGUUGAAGGCCUCGUCUCGGGCCUUGGUGUCCGUCAGACCGAGGCCCUCUCUGGCCUCGAGCAAGAGGUUGAGGGCCUCGUCUCUGGCCUUGGCCUCCGUCAGCUCGACGGCCUUGAGCAGGAAGUCGAGGGCCUCGUUUCUGGCCUCGGCGUCCGCCAGCUUGACGGCCUCGAACAGGAAGUCGAGGGUCUCGUCUCGGGCCUCGGUGUCCGUCAGACUGAGGCCCUCUCGGGUCUCGAGCAGGAAGUUGAAGGUCUCCUCUCUGGCCUCGGCGUCCGCCAACUCGACGGCCUCGAGCAGGAGGUAGAGGGUCUCGUCCAGGAGCUGGGUCUCCGUCAGCUCGAUGGUCUCGAGCAGGAAGUCGAAGGUCUCGUCUCGGAGCUCGGUCUUCGCCAGACUGAGGCUCUUUCCGGGCUUGAGCAGGAGGUUGAGGGUCUCGUCAGCGGCCUCGGCGUUCGCCAGCUUGACGGCCUCGAGCAGGAAGUUGAGGGUCUCGUCAGCGAGCUUGGCCUCCGUCAGACCGAGGUCGUCUCCGAGGUUGAGCAGGAGGUCGAGGGUCUCGUUUCGGGCCUCGGUGUUCGUCAGACUGAGGCCCUCUCGGGCCUUGAGCAGGAAGUUGAGGGCCUCGUCAGCGAGCUCGGCCUCCGUCAGCUCGACGGUCUUGAGCAGGAGGUUGAGGGUCUCGUCAGCGAGCUCGGUCUCCGCGCCGACAUCGUCUCUGAGGUCGAGUCGGAGCUCUCCGGUCUCCAGAAGGGUCUCUAAACGCCCAGCCCACCCUCGAUACCCGCCUCUGUCACAUACCCCAACCAGCCCCCAUCCCCCGCACUAAACGUGCCUUGACAUCGCCAACCGCC